GCAGCACGGUGGCAGCAUGAGGGGCACGCUGCUGGCACUGAGCUGUCUCAUUCUCCUGCUGCUGGCACGGGAAGGGGAAGGGGAAGGGAACAAGGUGAGGCUCUGCGGGAGGGAUUUCCUCAGAGCCGUGGUGUUCACCUGCGGCGGCUCGCGCUGGAAAAGGAACCUCGGGGAGCACCGGGAGCUGCGGGAGAGUGAAACCCCCCAGCAUUUCCCACACGAGGGUGACUCUGACUUCUCAUCACAGCCAGAGCUGAGCCUGGGGAUCCACAGCAAAGAACCCCAGCACGUCAGAGCUGAGCAAGAUCUGCAAAACAGCAGCAAAGUUUCUGUGCUGAACAAACGUGAGGCAGCCGAGCUGCUGGCCACAUCCUGCUGCAACGUGGGCUGCAGCAGGAGAGAGAUCAGCUCCCUGUGCUGACAUGCACCAGCUCAGGGUGUCACAGCUCCCUGGAUUAAAAUAAUCAUGACAUGAA